CGCCGCCCGGCCCCGCUGCCGCCCGCGCAUCCUUCAGUCUGAUUUGAAUGAAGUACCCUAAAGUAAGGCUCCUCUCCAGCAUUCCCAUCCACAGGCCUGGACAAGAUGCCAAAGCAGGAAAACGGCCAAAAAGGAGACUCUGUCAUCCAGAAUGACCUCAGUGAGUCAUUUGAAGAAGAAGUUAGAGCCUUCCUCAGUGAUGAAGAGAAACUGCACCUUUUUGAUGACCUCACCAAAGUUAAUCCAGUGACAACCACGACAGUUCUGAGAUGUCUUCAAGCAAGAUACAGAGUCAACUUGUUUUACACCAAUGCUGGCUGCAGCCUCGUGGCUUUAAAUCCAUUCCAGCCUUUCUCCUGCCUCUAUUCCCCUGAGCUUAUGAGAGAGUACCAUGUUGCACUUCGUCCUCAGGAUUUAAAACCUCACAUCUUUGCAGUGGCUGAGCAAACCUACAGAAACGUCCAAAACCAGAUGGACCCUGUGAACCAGUCUAUCAUUGUGAGUGGGGAAAGUGGUGCUGGGAAGACCUGGACCUCUCGCUGCCUCAUGAAGUUCUAUGCCUCUGUUGCUGCUUCAGUUAUCUCCCCAAAAGGCAAUGAAACUGUGGAAAGGAUAGAGAGGAGAGUGUUGGACUCCAACCCUGUCAUGGAAGCAUUUGGCAACGCGUGUACCCUGCGGAAUAACAACAGCAGCCGCUUUGGGAAGUACAUCCAGCUCCAGCUAGACAGAUUCCACCAUCUGAGCAGUGCUUCCAUUCAGACUUUCCUUUUGGAGAAGACCAGAGUUGCCUAUCAGGCCCCCAAUGAAAGAAACUUUCAUAUUUUUUAUCAGAUCACAAAAGGUGCUACUGCAGAGGAGAGGCUGGAAUGGAACCUUCCAGAAGGGGCUGAGUACCGCUGGCUGCCAAAUCCUGAAAGAAACUUGGAUGAGGACAGCUUCGAGGUGACCAGAGCUGCCAUGUGUCACCUGGGCAUCGAGCGCUGCACGCAGAGCAAUGUUUUCAAGGUAUUGUCAGGCCUUCUCCACCUUGGGAACAUCCAAUUCUCUAAUCCAGUGGAUGAAUCUCAGCCUUGUGACCUGGAAGACAAAACCAAAGGUUUUGUGAAGACCACUGGAGAUCUGCUGAAGAUCCCUGUGGAGGAACUACUGGAAUCCUUAAGAAUUCGGACAAUAACUGCUGGGAAACAGCAGCAGGUGUUCAAGAAGCCCUGCUCCAGAGCUGAGUGUGAGACCAGGAGGGACUGCCUGGCCAAAGUCAUCUACGCCAGGUUGUUUGAGUGGCUCGUUCUGGUCAUCAAUGAGAGCAUCUAUGCAGAUCCAUCGGUGUGGACCAGCUUCAUAGGCCUGUUGGAUGUUUAUGGUUUUGAAGCCUUCCCUGAAAACAACCUGGAACAGCUCUGUAUUAACUAUGCCAAUGAGAAACUGCAGCAGCACUUUGUAGCACACUACCUGAAGGCACAGCAGGAAGAAUAUGCAGCUGAAGGCCUGCAGUGGUCAUUCAUAAACUACCAGGAUAACCAGAACUGCCUUGAUCUCUUAGAGGGAAACCCUCUCAGCAUUUUUUCCUUGCUGAACGAGGAGUGUCGCCUGAACAGACCCUCCAACCCCGCCCUGUUCCAGGCUCGGAUUGAGAAAGCCUUGUCUAGUAACCAGUGUUUAAGUGGAGACAGGUUUAGUAAGAAGCCCAACUUCAUCAUCUCACAUUAUGCUGGCAAAGUCUGCUACCAGCUGGCAGCAAUGGUGGAGAAAAAUAAGGAUGCUGUUCCACCAGAGCUGGUCCAUGUUUUGCAGAACUCUAAGGACUCUCUGCUUCAAAAAUUAUUUCCUGUGACAGAAAACAACCAGAAUAACAUCAAAACCCAGAACAGAGCACCUGUUGUUACAGUGGUGUCCAAGUUCAAGAGCUCCCUGGAACAUCUCAUGCAGAUUUUGAACAGGACCACGCCACACUACAUCCGCUGCAUCAAACCCAAUGCUGACUGCAAGGCCAGGACUUUUAAAAGAGAAGAGGUUCUCAGCCAGCUGCAGGCAUGUGGAAUAGUCGAAGCCAUCACCAUCAGUGCAGCAGGAUUCCCUGUCAGGAUCCCCUUCCAACGUUUCACUGAGCGCUACGAGAUCCUGAGAAAGUCCUGUGGGCCCAGUAAAAGAAGAGUGUGUGAUAAAAGCAACUCUCACACUGCUGAGGAAAAAGGCGAGACUCCAGUGAUGGAUGAAGACAAAGCAUCACGUUCUGCUGUUCUUGAGAUCCUGCAGAACGUUGUUAUGGGACAAACCACUGCUGAGCAAACAGGGAGUGGAGCAGGAACUCCCUCAGUGUACUGUGGGAAGACCAAAGUAUUCCUGGCCAGUUCUGUGCUGGAGCUACUGGAAGCCAGGAGAGCAGAGGUGUUAAAUGAGAAAGCAUUUUGCAUCCAGUGUUGCUGGAGGAGGUUUAAGCAGAAGAAGUUUGCCAAGGAAAAACAGUCUGCAACUGUCAUCCAAGCAGGUAACUCCACAAAAAUGUGGCUGGAACAACAGAACAAGGAACAUUUCCAGUUAUAUUGGGGGAUUAAAGUGGCAGGGGCGGUGAAGUGCCACCUCUCACACUGUGUGCCAGAGCUCCUGAGAUUGCUUGUACUCAGCUUUGUUUCCACUGAAUCCUCAGCUGUCCGUUCCUGGCUGGCCAGGAGUCGGUUCCGAAGGAUGCGCGGGGCUGCCAAAGUCAUCCAACGUGGCUGGAGGAGAUGGAAGGCAAAAAUGGCCGCGUUGGCAGCGGCAGAACUGGAUGAGGGGGAAGGGGAGGAGUUCCCAGCUCCUGGAGCCACGGUGAUCCCGGCCAAACUGCCUUGUUCUUUGGACACAGCGUGGCCUGGGCAGGCCAUUGUCCAGUUCUGGCCCCUGGGCCUUGUCCUGGCUGCUGCCCCUGUCACGGCCACGGGGCCCCGCAGGGACCUGGCGCUGCUGGGCUGGCUCGGAGGGCUCCAGGAGAGCGGCUGCUCCAGGCUGGAGGGCCCUUCCCUGGGCUGUGGCAUCGCUUCCAUCAGAGCUCUCCCACAGGGCUCUGUCAGGUUCCACUGCAGGAAGUCCCCCCUGCACUAUUCCAACGUCAGCCCCCACAGGGAUGCCUGUUCCAUCACGGGAUUCAACCAGAUUCUGCUGGACAGAAAGGAACUCCUGCCCACAUAGGCCUGGCCCCUGCACACCUCUGCCUUCAGGGAAGGGCUCUCUGCAAGCUGCUGCUUUCAAAUCACUCAACGGCCACAUCUGCUGCUACCUCAGAGCUUCCACCUCGAUGCCUUGUACGUAAAAUACAAUGUAAUGUAAUAUAGGUCAAAUUUGGGGGGUUUGGGGGCCAUUCCUCCACACAGGCACAUGUUACAGGACAUAUCAGCACUAGGAGAACAAUCAACUAAACCAGAUCAGGUGCUUUAAGCAAUAAAUACUUGAACUGAACGCUGCUGGCACUACCUGGAGAAGCAAGAGGCUGGUCAUGAGAGAGCAAAUAAUGCAAAUAUUCCUGAUUCCUGCUGGGUUCUCAGAGGUACAACCCUCCUGACUGACCACCAGUGUUCCCCAACACUGGCACACUUCUGACUGACCGAGGGAGGGAGGAGCAGCCAACGUAACACGGAGGGCAGAUGUCUCAGGGAAAAGCAAGACUGGGCUCUUGCUUUUUUUCUCUCUAUGACCAAAAUAUAUGAGCUCUCACAGCUGCCAGGCGUUUCCAGAGCUCCCCAAACAGCACUGCCCUGCCCACGGUCUCAUCAGAGGUGCUCUGUACCGUCCUUUUCUUGCUCAUGGGUCUCGAAAAUGUUCAGCUCCUCUGUGUAUGUCAUUUUAAAUAAACUGCUCAGCGCCUUGUCAAGGUGUCUGGCCAUCCCAAACAA